AUGAAAUAUAUGUUCCAUGGUUCACCAGACCUCGAACAAGAUUGUCUCAUUCAGACGUCCGAGUGCACUGAGCGUCUUCAACGCGCAGGCAGUGCAGAAUGCCUCGAUCUCGGUUACCGACAGGUUUGGCUCUUUGCCAUGCGGAACUAUACUCUCAUGCCAACUGAUCCGAAGAACGAUGACGAUCUCCUGGCAAAGCCCAAUCGAGCCAUGGCAGAUGCUUGUACAAUCUACGAUAUGGCAGACCUCGUGCGCCGCCUUGGAUUUCAUUCUUCGGAGAUUGAGAGUCUCUUGCAAGGGUCUCCCGACCGACAGAUCGCCCGGGAUGCUCUUCUGCAGGCCCGAAAACCCCACCGCUUUCGAUAUGACGUGCGCGAAUUCGAUGCCCUUGUCGACCGGAUUGUUGAGUGCUUCUUAGCCGCUGUACCUUACGAGCCUGAGCGGAACCCUAAGCUUUUGGUGGAUAGCACCGUAAAGGCUCGAGCCCAAUGCGGGACGCCCCAAAAGCGGACGCAUAGGCAAGAUAGCCUACAUCUGUUUAUAGACUAUCUUCAUAAGGAUGAGAUUAUAAUUGCCGAUACAAUUACCACAUUUUUCGUCCGUCGCUGCGUCUAUUUUACUUUUUUCGGGAAACCUUGCUCUCAUAGCAACCCGCAUGUGGAUCGCGAUGGUGACCCGCUUUCCCAAGGUUCACCUGCGUUUUCGCCGUUGUUUAUAAGGGACGACAGCGCUGCCAUAGACCUGGAGAUUACUAUUCCCGCGGGACUGGCGGCGGAGCAACCUAAAUCCGAGCCGGAAGGAGUACCAGUAGGAAAAGGCCAGCAGAAUAUACGGGGGCGGCAGCACCAGUCAGGGGUCUAUAAGAGGUUACGACGCCGGACACGCAAAAUACGAAAGCGAAGACGCUAG